AUGGGUGACAAGUUCGCCCAUGGGGUCCGGCGGCCUCGUCCCGUCCAUCUUGCGCUGCUACUCGUGCUCCUCCUCGUCAUCAUGCUGGCGGCGGUUGGGGCGGAGAGCCGAGACUACUAUGACCUGCUGGGAGUCAACAGGGAGGCCACGACCAGAGAGAUCCGACAGGCCUUCAAGAAGCUGGCGCUCACCAUGCACCCUGACAAAAACCCUGGAGACUCCUCGGCCCAUGACAAGUUCCUGCAGGUCAAUCGCGCCUACGAGGUCCUGAAAGACGAAGACCUCAGGAAGAAAUAUGAUAAAUACGGAGAGAAGGGAUUGGACGAGCAGCAGGGAGGACGCUACGAAAGCUGGAACUACUACCGCUACGACUUUGGUAUCUAUGACGAUGAUUUGGAGGUGAUUACGUUGGACAGUGGAGACUUCGAAGCAGCAGUGAAUUCUGGAGAAAUCUGGUUCAUCAACUUUUACUUCCCACGAUGCUCGCACUGUCACCAGCUCGCUCCAACGUGGAGGGAGUUUGCAAAGGAGAUGGAUGGAGUGAUGAGGAUCGGAGCGGUGAACUGUGGCGACAACAACCAUCUGUGCAGGAGCAAAGGCAUCAACAGCUACCCCAGUCUGUUCAUUUUCAGAGCAGGACAGAAACCAGAGAAGUUUAAUGGGGAACGUUCUAAAGACAACCUGGUCCGCUUCUCCAUGCAGUUCAUCACAACAACUGUUACUCAGCUCUGGCAAGGUAACGUGUUCAGCGAGAUAGAGACCGCGUUCUCGACAGGCCAGGGCUGGCUGAUCACUUUCUGCGCUGACACUGGAGAUUGCCUGGAGCCAAGAACAAGACAAAAGCUGGCUGGAAUGUUGGAUGGUCUAGUGAAGGUGGGAUGGAUGGACUGCACCUCACAUGAACAACUCUGCGAGAGUUUCCAGGUAACCAGUGGGGCCACUGCUUUGUUCCCACCUGGAAGUUCCCUGGAUCAACAUGGCAGUGUUCUGUGGCUGAAUACUCUGGACAGCAGAGAGAUUUACAAUCAGGUCAUCAGUCAUUUGCCUGAUCUGGAGCUGCUGACCAAUGAGAACUUUGAGAGUAAGCUGGCCCGUCACCGCUGGUUGGUCAGUUUUACAUUUGGAGACAGAAGCCCCGCCUCCAAGGAGUACAAGAAGCUACUAGCCUUCCUCCGAAACGAUCACAUACAGGUCGGCAGAGUUGACUGUACAGCGGACUCUGAGUUGUGUCAGUCGCUCUACAUUCACAAACCCUGCGUUGCUGUCUUUAAAGGAUUAGGCAUCCACGACUUUGAGAUCCACCACGGUAAGGAUGUAUCAUACGACAUUGUGGGUUUCGCGAGGGACAGCGUUCGUGCUCAUGUGACGACUCUGAGGCCUGACAACUUCCCCUCAGAUAGAAAGGAGCCCUGGUUGGUGGACUUCUUCGCUCCGUGGUGUCCUCCAUGUCGAGCCUUACUUCCUGAACUGAGGAAGGCUUCCAUCCAGUUGGCGGGCCAGAUGAAGUUUGGUACUCUGGACUGUACCAUCCACCACAACCUGUGCUCUAUGUAUAAUAUCCAGGCGUAUCCCACCACAGUUAUCUUCAAUGGUUCCUCUGUUCAUGAAUACGAAGGACAACAUUCAGCUGAUGGCAUCCUGGAGUUCAUACAAGAUCUGGUCAGUCCAUCUAUGGUCGUUCUGGAUCCUUCUAGCUUCGCCGAAAGAGUUAAAGGUCGCGAUGAAGGCCAGAUAUGGGCAGUUGAUUUCUAUGCUCCGUGGUGCGGUCCCUGUCAAGCUCUGAUGCCAGAGUGGAGACGCAUGGCCAGGCUGCUGUCAGGUCAGAUCAUGGUUGGUUCGGUCGACUGUCAGCGGUAUCAGAUGUUCUGCCAAAGUCAGAAUGUGAGGGCGUACCCUGAAGUCCGCCUGUACACUGGCAACACCAGGCAAAAAGAUCUUUACACGAGUUACAAUGGUUGGCACAGAGACGCCCAUUCACUGAGAGCAUGGGCACUGAGCUCUCUACCCAAGGCAUCAGUGGACCUGACCCCAGACACUUUUAGGUCUCUGGUUCUGUCAGGUCAGGAUCACUGGGUUCUGGAUUUUUACGCCCCCUGGUGUGGACCCUGUCAACACUUCGCCCCAGAGUUUGAAGUCCUGGCCCGGAUUCUUAAAGGGGAGGUUCGGGCAGGGAAGGUGGACUGUCAGGCUCAUUAUCAGGCCUGUCAAUCAGCUGGAAUCACUGCAUACCCAACCGUCAGAUUCUACCCAUACCUGGGAACAAGGAGGCAUGCACACAGCGGGGAGCAAAUCAAUAGCCGGGAUGCUAACGUGAUUGCCGACACCAUCAGACAGCGCCUACAACAGUUGACACCACAGCCACACAACAAACUGAAGGAUGAGCUCUGAUGGUUCGGGGUAGAAACCUAAAGAAAAACAAGCUCAUCUGGACUAAUGGGAUGGACAGAAAUGGAUUUGGUCCAGCACAAGGCUCAGACAAUAAACACUCCUUGAGAAGAUCAUAGCUGGAACACAACUACAGACUGGACAGUGUUACCCGCUGUGCUGAAUGUACUGAAUACUUUUUGCCUUGUUUUUAUUUGUUUUUAUUUUGUCUCCAUUGUUUGUAUUUACUCUAUGAAGUAAAACUGUGAGACGCUGUAUACUGAACGUUACUGAUGACAGACACGCAUACACACACACACACACACACACACUCGGAGCCAGAUGUUGACAGUGUUGUA